CCUUCGCCGGGGCCCCUCCUGGCCAUUCUCCCUCCAUUCCGUUCCAUCCUUGACUCACCAAGCCCCGCCCCCAUUACAAAGGUAACCCCACUGACGGUUGCUAUGGACAGAAUCCUGCUCCUCCUCCUCCUCUGCGUCAGCUGGAGCCCCCUUCCCGUCUCGCUCCCGGCCCUGCUGGGCCCUUCCCUCCGCUGGAUGAGAAGCUGGGGCCGGCUGCUCUGGAGAAUUCUUUCCCUGCCCGGGAAGAUGACUAGCAGCCUUGCAUGGCUGCUGCUGCUGGUCCUGAGAAACAGCCUGAGCGAGUUGGCUGCUCACAUCCCGCCUCCAGGGUUUAGGUAUGCCUCUUACGAGGUGACCAUCCCAAGGAAGCUGAUCUCCAGAUAUGGACAGCGGAAACCCCAGGAGGUCCUCUAUCUGCUGCAGAUUGAGGGAGAGGGCCUUGUGGUGCACCUCAGGCAGAAGAGGGGCUUUGUCCCUAAACACUUCCCUGUCUUUACCUACAACAAGGCAGGGGGUCUCCAGGUGGACUACCCUUUCAUCAGGGACGACUGCUUCUACCAUGGCUUUGUACAGGACAAGCUCUCCUCCCUGGCUGCCCUCAGCACUUGCUCAGGGGGGCUCCGGGGGCUCCUGCAAGUGGACAGUAAGACCUAUGAGAUUGAACCUGUCCAGGCUUCUGCUGCCUUUCAGCACGUGGUGUACCGGCUGGAAGAAGAGAAGAGUUCUGCCCGCAUGAGCUGUGGGCUGACAGAGGAGGAGCGAAGUCACCAAGAGGCCAUGAUCCAGAACCCAGAUGAUGUCGGGGGCAACCGUUAUUCAGACAGACUCUGGCGGACAUACACCAAGUAUGCGAAGGUUGCCAUUGUGGUGGACCAUGAACGAUAUAUUCGUUUUGGCAAAAAUGAAACUCUUACUAUUAUGCAAGUGCUGGAUACGAUCAAUUUUGCUGAUUCAUUCUACCAACCACUUGGAAUUCGUGUGAUCAUGGUUGGACUGGAGAUAUGGUCACAAAAGAACCUCAUCACAAUUGCUAAGAGUAUAGACGAACUGCUCGAUGUUUUCAAUACUUGGAGGAAAAUGAGUCUAGUUCAGCGUCUAAAGCAUGAUGUUGGCCACUUAUUGGUCUACAAACAUUUUGGGGUGCAAGUUGGAUUGUCGUUUGUAGGAACAGUGUGUGAUCCUAUUUGGGCAUCUGCUGUGGAGGUGUUCAUUACUUCCAGCUCAUUCUCAUUUGCGAUAACCUUUGCUCAUCAGUUGGGUCAUAACCUUGGCAUGCAACAUGAUGAGAAAUACUGUACUUGUAAUCAGCCUUCUUGCAUUAUGGCUGCAUUACAAAGUGGCACAAGCAAGUUCAGCAAUUGCAGUUAUGGCAGCUAUUUCAGCCAAAUGAAUAGAAGUAGGAAACAAUGUCUGCUCAUUCCACCUGAACAUGAGAAACUGUAUGAACUCAAAAACUGUGGCAACAAGGUGGUUGAGAGUGGAGAACAAUGCGACUGUGGUUCAGACUUUCAUUGUGAGUCAGAUGCCUGUUGCCAGUCUAACUGUAUGCUGCGGUCGGGAGCCAAUUGUGCUUUUGGGAAAUGCUGCUCCAACUGUCAGUUCCUUCCCGCUGGGACAAUUUGCAGAGAAAGGAUGAAUAUCUGUGACCUUCCUGAAUACUGCACUGGGAUUUCAGAGUGGUGUCCUGAAGAUGUAUAUGUACAGGAUGGCGCUCCAUGCCUUGCUGGUGCUUACUGCUAUCAUGGGAAAUGCUCGACACACAACGAACAGUGCAAAAUGGCCUUCGGCAAGCAAGCUGUAGUUGCCCCUCUGAGUUGCUUCAAAGAAAUCAAUACUCAAGGUGACCGCUUUGGAAAUUGUGGGAUGAUUCGUGGUAGUGUUUAUAAGAAAUGUGAAAGCAGCCAUGUCUUGUGUGGCAGAGUCCAGUGCUCGAAUGUCAUGGAAGUGCCUACUUUAACUGAGCGUAGCACCGUCAUCCAAACGUCUGUUAACGGCAACUUGUGCUGGGGUACAAACUCUCCAAGUGAAACAGGCGCAGCUGAUCCUGGAGCAGUGAGAGAUGGGACACCGUGUGGCAAUGGCAUGAUCUGUAUUAACCAGGAUUGUAUCCAGGUGUCCCUCCUGAACUACGACUGUAAUCAAACCAAGUGCCACAACAGAGGAAUAUGCAACUCUCAUAAAAACUGCCAUUGUCAUGAGGGCUGGGCCCCUCCAUAUUGCCUCGACGAAGGGGACGGGGGCAGCAUUGAUAGUGGCCCUCCCCCACCCAACAGCGGCCAUGCAGGAAUGGCGGCAAGCGUGGGACUCGUCCUUCUCUGUUUCUGCUGCUGCUGUUCUUGGGGAUGGAGUUGGCUUACAAGGAGCUCUACUGAUGGAAUUGUCUUAUAAGGAACUUCAUGGUGGCGUUGCUUGAAUUACUUAUUGUGUCACUUAUCAAAGUAUCACAUGGCAAAUUCCUCGUGAGCUCUUGUGUGAGGAUGACUCCGAACGGGUCCGACGCGACACAGUGAGCACUUCGGAGAUGAGGAGCACACAGAGAAGGGCCGGCUCUGCCACACACAAGGCAUUCUGUUUCUUGUAAAAUAAAUUUGGCCUCUCCCCACCCCCUUCAAAGAAAAAACCCAAUUUUUUUUCAGUAGAAUUAGUUCUCCAGGCUCAUCAGUCCAUGAACAGAUUUGGGACAACCACCCAAAUGGAUGUCAAAGGAUGUUUUCACACAGGGGCUGUCAUGACACACUCAUAGUGGAGUAUCACUUAAACAAAGCACUCCCCUGUGUGUCAGUCUCACUCAAAUGGGCUCUGGCUGACAGUAUUAUUUCCAGGUCUCAUGGAGGCAGCACAAACCGACUACUAGAGAAAAGACUGGCGAAAGAUUUGGCGAGGAACUCAAAGCUGAUGCACAUUCCAUGUCAAAAGAACUCGACUCCCUCCAAGGAAGAGCCCUGGGUUCCUGGUUCUUGUUGUGGGUCCAGUGCCUUUGUAGUUUACAAAGGGAGCCCUUUCCAGGAUAAUCGUUUGCAUCUACAAGAUAGCCCUGGAAAUGAUUCCCAUGGGCACACGCCCUUUCAUUGGGAAUGGACAUUUACAGAGUUUGCUGAAAAUACCAAAGACAGAUAUCUGGACAGAUCUGGUUCAUGGCUUCCUCUUCAAGCAAGUGAUGAUGUUUAUUACCCAUCCUGAUGAAAUAUUUCCACUCCUGACUUGGAAUCUUUCUCAAUACCGUUUUGUGGAGGAGAACGUUUACACUGGAACUGACUUCUGUAGACUGCCAAUGAAACAGGGCUGGAGGUUUGUCAAAACAUCCAUGCAGCCAGAGAUUGCAUCUAGUUGGAUGAUUCACAUACACAUAGAAUCGGCUCAAAAGGGCACAUUAAUGAAUUUUCCAAUCAAGUUUUGGGUAAGGCGCUGUAAUCAGCAACAGAUUUGGGUAGAGGCCGUGAUCACAAGAUCAAAUACUGCACAGCUUCAUAGCAUAAGUGAUCUACAUCAGAACCUGGUGGAUAAACUACUAGUGCAAAUAUAUUCUAGUGGGGUUUUAUGUUGCUGCAAACAAUAUUUUGGGUAGAAGUGAAAGACUUUGGCAGUCACGCCAACACUCUCAUUGACUUCCAUGACAGUUAAUCAUGUGUGUGUCUGGACUGCAGCCUCAGCAGCUGCCACACGACUGCUCUCCAUCCAAGAUGGCACCAAUGGUGGUUUCAGCUCUUGCAAACAGGAGAGUCAACACAGAGUUGGGACUUGCAGCAACCAGCCACCCGAAUGCUGCCAGGCUUCUUGUACGCUGACUGCAGGACCCCAAAGGACUGAGCAGCAGAGCCUGGGGGUGGAUGGAGAAGCUGCAGUAGCAACACACCAGAGGCAAGCAGCCAGCCAGCCCAAAAGUCCUCGGUAGAUCUGUGCAGUGUUUCCAAGACAUUGCCUUCUUUCCAUCUCCUGUCUGCUUUGCGUUCUCAUGGAACCCAAUAGAUUUGCCUUUGCAAUUCCUUCUCAAAAUCCCGAUGGAUCAGGAUUGCAUUUGGAUGUCUGUAAGAAUUGAUUAGAGUUCAGAAUGAUAUUUUUUUAUCUUUCAUAUUCUUUAUCAUAUUGCACAAUAUAGUGACUGUUUUAGAAUGCACUUUACUUAAGUAUAACCAUGAGAACUAUUCCUUGCAUGAUUUCAGAUUACUUAAUAAAAAUAUUUUUAU